CGGCCAUUUUCUGCAGUUGCGUGAAGAGCGGAAGUCUUCGAGGAAGAAUAUCUUCAUUUUCACGCUUUUGCCAAUCAUUUAAUAUUUUAAAAAUGAGUGAUGUCGAGGAGCCACAAUUCCAGGCGAGGGUUAUUGGUCGUGAAGGAUUUGAAGAGUUAAGGCCAAGAAUGUGGAAGAAUGUUCAAGAUAAAAGAAGGCUUUUACAGAGAAAAUGUUUACAGAGCAGACGGUUAAGUGGGAAGGGGAGAAAAGAACGGAAGAUCGGUCAGAUAGAAGCACGCUCGCGUUAUGUGUCUAAAGCAGAAAAAAGAAAAGAGGUUUCAGAUUGGGGUGAAGAAAUGAAAAGGAGAGGAAAAAUGAAAACUGAACAAAUGAAGACUGAAGAAUAAAAUGCCUGAGAGAAAGGAAAUAGCGUAUUCUGAAAACAGAAGAAUGAAUGAGUCCGAAUCCCGCUCGCCAUCCAAAUCGGCGCGGGGCAGUCCUGCCCAACCCAAGAUGGAGAGCAGGUCUGGCUCUCCCAGCCCUUCCCGAGCAUCCAAACGUUCUGAAUCCAGAUCCCGCUCCAAGUCAAGGUCUCACUCUCGGCGGCAUUCAAAUCGCCGCUACAGCCGCUCUCGGUCUCACUCCCACCGGAAGAAGUCUCGCUCUCACUCCAACAGCCCUGACUACCGACGCAGACGGAGCCAGAGCACAUCGCCCAUGUCUAACCGCCGCAGACACACUGGCAGUCGGAGCUCAUACAGCCAUGACUCCAAAAAAGACUCACACAGUCAUGGUGACGCCAGGGCCAAUCCAGACCCGAACACGUGUCUGGGUGUGUUUGGUCUCAGUCUGUACACAACAGAGCGAGACCUGAGAGAGGUCUUCUCACGUCACGGCCCUUUGGCCGGUGUCAAUGUUGUCUACGACCAGCGAACGGGACGCUCUCGCGGUUUUGCCUUUGUUUACUUUGAGCACAUCGACGAUGCCAAAGAGGCAAUGGAGCGGGCUAAUGGCAUGGAGCUGGAUGGAAGGCGCAUCAGGGUGGAUUAUUCCAUCACCAAACGUGCACACACCCCCACACCAGGCAUCUACAUGGGUCGGCCCACACAUAAUGGAGGUGGGAGCAGCAGCAGCAGCGGUGGUGGCGGCGGACGGAGACGAGACUCGUAUUACGAUCGUGGCUACGACAGAUACGACCGUUAUGAUGAGUAUGACUACAGAUACAGCAGGAGGCGCUCUCCGUCACCUUAUUACAGCCGGUACAGGUCUCGCUCAAGAUCUCGCUCAUACAGCCCACGAAGAUACUAAGACGAUCCUGAAGACUUCUUUCUUUUUGCCUGUUUGCAUCGAGCUAUACAUUUAUAAAGACAUGUAAACUCAUUGUACUAGAGAAAGAUUUUUCUUAAUUUGUAGACUUCCCAGUAUGUAAGGUUUGUGGAGAUCAUAAAUACUGUCAUUAUGGGGUUUUAUGAGUUGUUUUUUUGUAGUGUGCUUGUAAGGUGUGAUGAGUUUUCCUAUAUACUGGGCAUCUUUUAGUGGGGAUGUAUGUGAUACCAAGAGAGAGUGAGUGUGUGUGAGUUGCUGUACAUCUGUGAGGCAGAGCAUCAUAUAGAAAGCAGGCUGGGAUUGCCUCAUCUGUGACAAAAUACUUUUAUUUUCAGGAUUGUGUUGCUUUGUUUCUUUCUUAAGAAAUAAAGACCUUAAAAUAAA